UGGAGGUAUCCAAGCAGAUGAGUCACACACCAAUUCUUGUGUUUUGUUUGGGAUCGCGGCCGCUUUUCCCCCUCGGUGGCGGAAACGUUGCAGCACUGCAGCAUGAAGGAAGGGUCGGUUCCGUGCGGCCAGGAGGUCCUCUCGGGCCGAAGGAAGGUGUAGCCGAGCACCCCUGGGCAGCCACCGCCCCUCUUCGAGGGCUUCGGGGAGUGGAACGGCAGAGGCGAGGGGGGCGGCAAGGGGGUCUAGACCGCCAGCGGGACAGUCUGCAUUGCUCCUGCUGCGCGGAGACCGCCCGGAAGGUGGCACGGGGUCCCUGGCACGAGCCGAGACGGCAGUGGCUGGGGUCCUUGGCGCGAGGAGCGGGGACAGGCAGAAGCGCGGGCAGCGGCCGAGUCGGGACUCCCGGGCACCUGGCGGGCGUCCCCGCGCCCAGGGCGGAGAUCUGGCUCUGCAGGCCGGUGCGGACCGAGCGAGGCACAACCCCGGGAGGCUCAGGGGUCUCGGCCCGCAGGAAGUUGGUCCCUGAACGCCUGGGCUCCUGGCUGCUGCUCAGCACACCGGCCGCCUUCUUUCAGGGUCGCCCCCGCGAGGGUCGCAUCUCAGGGACGGCAGCCACAGCUCCCAGCGGACGAGGAGGUGGGGGAGGGAGGCUGGCCCGGAGAUUGGGGGAGAGGCCUGGAGGCCCCGGGCUGGGUCCGCCGCAGCCUCCACCACUCGCGGCCGGUGGGACACGCUCAGGCUGUGCCCGAUAAGGCAGGAAACUUUC